GCCGUGCGCGGUCGCGCCCCGAGUGGUGAUGCUCGCUCAGGAGCCCGCAGCUCACUUCAGCCUAGACUCGAAGAAGAUGGCGAUGUGUGCGGUGCUGCUGCGCUCUUCGUCGCUGAACUUCACCUCGGCGCUGCCUCUGCUUUCCCGGACUGCCAGGACUGCUCGGCCCCUGAUACUGGGGAAGGCGUGUUUCCCGAGGGCGCUAUGCACGACCCCCAGACCCUCCGCAGUACUCAGAUUCACAGAGAAACACGAGUGGAUACGAGUAGAUGGUGGCGUCGGAACUAUUGGCAUCAGUAAUUUUGCACAGGAAGCUCUAGGAGAUGUGGUGUAUUGUGGCCUCCCAGAAGUUGGUGCAAAACUGGAACAAAUGGAGGAGUUUGGUGCUCUGGAGAGCGUAAAGGCUGCCAGUGAGCUGUAUGCCCCCGUUACCGGGGAGGUGACUGAAGUAAACCAAGAGCUGGGGGACAAACCUUCGCUUGUCAACAAAUCCUGCUAUAAGGAUGGAUGGCUGAUUAAAAUGACCAUUAGUAACCCAGCAGAGGUGGACGCAUUGAUGGAUGAGAGAGCCUACGAGAAAUUCGUCAAGUCUGCCGAGGCGGAGUAGCACUCCUGGAAGCUGAACUUCCUCUUAAGUUAAUCCACAGGACUCUGUCACAUUAACCCUACCAAGGCCACCGACCCAGUGAAGCUGCACCACCACCUCUUUUCUUUAAGGAGAAACACCAGCAAAACAUUUCCCGAGAAACCCCCCCUCUGCUCUUGAUGUAAUGCUAAUAUCUAAAUUACAGUUUCGCAGCUUUGAUUAGGAGAGAAUUAAUUGUAAGGCUGGUUCAGUGACAGGUGUUCCACUCACUGCUGGAAAUCUUACAGCCAGAUCACUGCAGUCUGCAGGGACUUUUUCAAAUUUGCUAUUAAAAUCUUCAUGUUUGGAGGAAAUGUCA